UACUUAAAAGUUGGUCCGGGCCGGAGUUACCAAAUACCCAUCGCGCUCUUUUUUUCUAGAUCCCGCCCGACCCAUCUCGCCGGGGACGCCGUCGUAAAACUCUUUACGCCGGGGUCUCCGCUUCCGCCGCCGGGGACGACGACCUAGAUUGCCAGAAUUUCAAUUGAAAUGAAAAUGGCGCGUGGUUGCAGGUUCUCUCUCUACGUCACCGUCGUCGUAUCGGCCAUCGCUUUCAUUUACUUCUCCACGGUGUUUGUAUUUAUAGACCGGUGGUUCGGCCUCGCGUCCUCGCCCGGAAUGCUAAACGCCGCCGUCUUCACCGCCCUUGCUAUUCUGUGCGUCUCCAACUACCGCCUUGCCAUAUACACUGACCCGGGUCGGGUCCCCGCCUCGUUCUUACCCGACAUUGAAGACCCUGAUAACACAAUCCACGAGAUCAAACGCAAGGGUGGGGAUUUGAGAUACUGCCAAAAGUGUUCCCUCUAUAAGCCACCUCGUGCCCAUCACUGCCGUGUAUGUAACAGAUGUGUUUUACGAAUGGAUCAUCAUUGCGUAUGGAUGAAUAACUGUGUGGGCCAUGCAAACUAUAAGGUGUUUUUCGUCUUUGUUGUCUAUGCUGUUAUUGCCUCCCUAUAUUCACUGGUUCUGCUUGUUGGUAGCCUAGCCACUGAAUCUGACGAGGAUGAGCAGCAGAGUGGAGACUCUUACAGAACUGUAUAUAUUAUUUCAGGUCUCUUACUGGUUCCAUUAAGCCUAGCGUUGACAUUUUUUCUUGGAUGGCAUAUCUACCUCAUUUUGCAAAACAAGACUACAAUUGAGUACCAUGAAGGUGUAAGAGCUAUGUGGCUUGCUGAAAAGGGGGGCUAUCUCUAUUCGCAUCCAUAUGAUCUUGGUGCAUAUGAGAAUAUUAUAUCAGUUCUAGGCCCAAAUGUCCUUUGCUGGCUGUUCCCCACAACAGGACACAUAGGAUCUGGCCUUCGCUAUCGCUCUGCAUUUGAUAAAAUAGCCAAGGCAACAGCAUCAUCGCAGUAAGUGCGUGAUGAGAUGCAGAGCGUGCAAGAUAUACAUAAGGUGACAACUGCAGAUAUUAAUGGAAUUCGGGUUUCGUGUGAAUGAAGUAUCUAACUCUUGUACCGGGAAUAGCUGUGGCCUGAGGCGGCUUGUGUAUUGCAGAUCGUGAGAGGUGUUUGUGAUGGGUUGUCGUCGAUUCUGCUAAGGUUGCAGCACAUGGUAGGCAAAGAUAGCAGAGAGGAGAAAAUGAUGGACUCAGACUCAGACUCAGUAUUAGGAUUAGGCGGUUUUGUUCUAUAGUUGGAAGAAAUGUGAAUCUGUACAAAAAAUGAAAACUACCCUUUCAAAGCUCUAACUCAGGAGGGGAUAAAGCUCAAAUGGAUGCUACUCAUCAUCAUCGUGUAAUCUCUGUUCUGUGACCUCACAAAUUUGUAUUGGCAUUACCAUCUUGUUCAUACUCCAACUACUCACUGUUAUUUAAUCAAUAUCACUAUUUUUUUUUGAGUGACGAGGAAAA